AUGGCUGCAGUUUCUUCCCGGUUCGCUCCUCUGCCAUUGACCCAGCCUCAAUCUUCCUGCAGGUCACAGGCUUCGAUCAACAUUGAAGGUCCCAAAGCGUAUACCUUGAACAAUUUCAUCGAUGACGUAAAAGUUCAUCUUGGCGAGUCUGGAGGCAUAGGAUGUGAGGAUGUCGAUGAAGAUUACAUCAUCUCAUUAGCAAAGAAGUAUAUGUCGAAUCCGAAUGAUUGGGCACGCUACUACCACAAUUGCCCCGGCAAGAAUUACACACGCAGUGCAAUCAUUAACAUUAACAAGAAAGCGAAUAUUCUAUUGUUGGUAUGGAACCCAGGCAAGGGAUCGCCAAUUCAUGACCAUGCCAACGCACACUGCAUCAUGAAGGUCCUGGCUGGCGAAUUGACAGAAACUGUCUAUGAUAUGCCAGAAACAGGUUGUGAGAACCAGCCUCUAUCAAUCAAGAGCGAUACUACGCACCAGGCCGAUCAAGUCACAUAUAUUUCCGACAGCAUUGGCUUGCAUCGCGUGCACAACCCCCAUCCCACCAACGUGGCCGUUUCUCUUCACAUUUAUACGCCACCCAACGCUGCCGAUAUUGGUUACAACAUCUUUGACGAGUCGACAGGCCGAGCGAGCUUUGUUCCCAGAGCACAAGCGCAUUAG